AAAUGCCGGAUAUGAUGCAAUGCGUAUUACGGCAUGAAAUAAUACUAAUCUUUAAUACUUGAUUAUAGCAAUAUAUAAAAUAGUUCAUUUUGUCUUAAGUUUUUAACAAAACCCUACUGAUGUCUUUUAACAAAAUGAAUUUUAUUUGUAUGGUUUAAUUUAGUUUGUCCUUACCAGCCGGAAAUGACAUAUGUCGUUAAUAUGGUUAAUUUGGACCUCAUCUUCCGGAAGUGUGGCUGAAGCGCCUCAACCCCCCCUUUCCCGUCAACUGUUUUUCGUUGUUUUGCUACCUGAUCAAUAAUCAAUCCUGAUUUCGAUCGAUUCCCUAUUGGGGAGUUGGUUUCUACCUCAGUUUUGUUGUGUCUGUGGGCCCUGGGUCCUCAGCGGCCCUAACCCGCGUCUCCGCUCCUGCAGCCGGAAGGAGCUGUGCUUCCCGGCCGAUUGCUGGAUCUUUUUUUUUUUUUACGACUGAAUUUUUUUCUCUUUUUUUCAAUUUUUUUUUUUUUUCAAAGACAGAAGAUUUAAACCCGGAAGUUUUCCCCGGUCGCACACAAACGGGGAAUGAUGGAAGAUUCUCAUUUCAAUCCUUCGUACUUCUGGUCACCUGUACCAACAGUCCAAGGACAGAUAGACAACGCCAUGUUCAUUAAUAAAAUGAAAGAGCAGCUUGUUCCAGAGAAAAGCAGCUUUUCCCAUGGUGGUCCUGCCCACUACCCCACUGCUGUACUUACUGUGCCAGGUUCGGCUGUUACCAUGGAGACAACCUCUGGGGGUGCAGGAAGAGGAUCUAAACAAGAAAAUCACUCAAUAGCAGGGCACCUGCACACUCCCCAUACCACCCAAAAUAUCACUGUUGUGCCAGUGCCUUCUACUGGUAUUAUGACGGCAGCUGGUCUUGUGAUCACUACUCCACAAGGAGCAUUGGUUUCCAGCCCUGCCAAUUCAGGUCAGGCAUUUUCUGUGGCUGGUGUUGCUGGUCAUCAUACUACCACUAUGAUUGUAUCAGCUCUGCAUCCUUCAUCAAUGCCAUCUUCUGCAGGAGACAAACAUAAGCAGCAAGUCUCAAAUGAGGAGACAGGGAACUCAACCAGUGCCUCACAAUCCAGCUUACAAACUGGACAGCAGUCCAGUCAAACUCCAACACAAAUGCUGGCAGUACAUCCUGUGCCUCUGGCUACCCCAGGGAAAAGAGGACGCAAGAAGAAACAACUAGGUCGUGGAGCUCUUGCCUCUUCAGUGGUAACGGGGCAUGGACACACUGGAAAUGAAGCCUUGAUCUUAGCACAUCUGGCUGCAGGGGGGAAGCAUUCUAGCACUGAUCCCUAUGAUAUCACUAAUGAGGAUGAGGAACUGGAACAGGGAAGAGAUGGGAACAAAUCCUACCGAUGUCGCAUGUGUGCUGUUACCUUUUUCUCAAAGUCAGAGAUGCAACUACACUCCAAGUCGCACACAGAAACCAAACCUCACAAAUGUCCACAUUGUUCUAAGACCUUUGCCAAUUCUAGCUACCUGGCUCAGCACAUCUAUCCACUCUGUGCCAAGCCUUAUACCUGCUCUUAUUGCCAGAAGUCCUUCCGCCAGCUGUCACAUCUUCAGCAGCAUACAAGGGUCAAACAGUACUGCAUAAUAUUUUUAGGUUAGUCGUUUCUGGAUUGUAAAGAGAUCUUCAGAUCAGCUAAUCCUUUCUACUCAGUUAACUUUUUGAUGUCUGCUCUUUUGCUUACACAGAAUCCACGACUGGAGACAGGCCUUACAAGUGUGUUCUAUCCUGGCUGUGAGAAAGCUUUCACUCAAUUGUCUAAUCUGCAGUCUCAUCGUCGGCAGCAUAACAAGGAUUAAGCCUUUAAGUGUCACAACUGUCACAGGGGCUACACUGAUUCUGCAUCUUUGGAAGUGCAUCUUGCUACACAUACGGUGAAACAUGCCAAAGUUUACUCCUGUGGGAUGUGCAACCGUGCCUACACAUCUGAAACCUAUUUGAUGAAACACAUGCGGAAACACAAUCCAGAUCCUAACACACAGGUCCAACCCAACCAGUCCAACCAGAACCCCACGCAGCAGGCUCAAAAUGCUCAAGGACAGGGACAGAACAAUCCACCACAGUCUCAUUAUGGUCAGCAGAACCAGUCUGAUCCCAAUCCAGGCCAAUGCCCAUUUGACCUUCACCAGUACAAGACAGUGACAGCCCAGGAGCUCCAAUACAAACAAGUCCAGAGCCAGCAGGACCAUCAGCAUAAGGACCUGUGCUUAACUGUGUCCACAUCUGCCAUCCAGGUGGUGGACCACUUGAAUUCAUAAAUAGAAUUGAUGAAAGGGGCAGGUGGGGGGAAUAUGAUAAAAGGUUGUGGCAAACCUUUGUCUAAACGUUUGCCAUCUGAGAUCCAGCCAGUGGAAAUGUUGACUUUAUACAGAAAAGAGAAACGGAGCGGAUGGAAAAGGGAAAACAGUCAAGAGGCCUAAUGAGCUAUUUGUCUGGCUGUAUUACAAUGGGUGACCCUGCUGCCUAAACUGAAAAGCAAAAGUGAUUAGAGGAGGAGGAAGGAGGAGGAUGGCCAGUUACUCAAGUGCUUGAACAUCUUGUAUUAAAGGAAGAAUAGAGAAAUGUCAGCUUAGGCCUGUCUUGCUUUGUUGAUCCACUGUCUACACAUCUGGACAGAUUUGUUUUUUGAGCUUAAAGUCCAGGGUCUAAGGAUGAGCUCAAUAAUAAAACGGACUGGAUUUCAUUUGCCCCACAAGACAUGCCCACAGCCAAGCGAGGGUGAGGCCCAUGAAUUAUUUCUUAAAGCCCAGCAAGACACUGAAGGUUCUAACUGAAAUUCCUCAAGGCAGCAAACACUUCCAGAAGGAAUAUGCAUAAUGUAAACAUUCAUGUCUGUUAUAUUCCCUUUUUUAUCCCUCCUCUGAUGCAAUAUAAUUAUGGAUCUCAGACACUGUACACAUUACUGAUAAGUCUCCCCAGUGGCUGUCAGCUCUGAUGUAUACUAGCAAAUUCUCCCACACUUGGAAUCGGCAUAAUGUGCUUAGACUGAUUCUCUCAAAGAAGGUUGCAUAUACAAUAUGCAGUAUGUUGACUGUUUCUUGCAAACACACACACACCACAGCCUCUGCACACAGAUUCGUUAUGCCUGUCUAUAAUGGCUGUAGGUGCUAUGUAAUUAUUGUAACCACAUCUGUCUCUCUGAGCUGCAGGGGCCACUGUGCUGUUAAAUAACCUGUAACUAAUUGUGUGUUGACCUCCAGAUGUUUAUGAUUUCGAAGGGGGGGGCGGGAGGGGGGCAAAGCUUGUUUAUAUUUUAAUUUUUUAUUUGUUACUUCAUCAUUGAUAUUUUAUUCUUCCUCAGUUUAUUUGUAUUUUAAUCUGUUAUCUUCCUCCUGAUGGCUCAAUAAUAACAGUAAUAUUAAUAGUAAUAAUAUUAAUAAUAAUGAACCUUUUCUCUUGUAAAGUACUGGAGUGUAAAGGGAAAAAGGGGUUGAUUGUUGGCUGGUUUGUGACAUUGUGUCAAUACACUGUCCAAGUCGGUGCACUGCUCCUUGUUCAAUUUUAAAGAUACAGUAAAAUCAAGCCAGUGUUUCUUGUCAAGAAAAUAAUUAAAAACAUAAUAAAUCAUUUGAAAGUAA